ACUGCACACGACAGCGGGCCACUGUAGUUUCCGCGGAUGAAAUACACAAGUUCUUUUUUCCGCAUCUACUGGUUAACAGUCGAUGCCGGCGGUUUUCUCGAGUGAUAGUUUUGUACAUAAUUCGAGCGGCACGCGGGAAGCCUGAGGUAAGAUGCACGUCACAGCGAUAUUGUGCACUUCGGCUCGCACGAUAUCGCGGAGCACCGUCGCGGCUCAAACGAAACCCAUUGUGAAGCCUCAGAGCGCGCAAAUAAAUGAAGAUAGGAAGUAUCGGAUGCGCCCUAUCAGCGAAUUGCAGACCGAGAAGAAACAGGUGUACUAUAAGGAGCGUACGAUAAAAGUGCUCGCGUGCAAGGACCUGUACCCUGAAUGGAAACGAUCGAAGCCAGGCUGGGAACGCGUGAAUCCGAAUGGUUGUGAGCUCGACGUGCCUUUUAUCCACACCGGGCUCGACAGAGGCCGUAAAGAAGCUCCCACAAUCGUUGCCAUUCAUGGAUCGCCUGGGACACAUCGUGACUUCGAUGGACUUAUCCCGGCUAUGGACAACAUUGGAGCAAAUGUUAUUGUUCCAACAUUCCCGGAUCUCCGCUACUCGAUGCAGACUCAGAAUUUCUGGCACUCCCUAGAAGAGAAGACAGAUCUGCUGCAGUCGUAUCUGCAAGCCCUCGGAAUACAUGAAGUUGACGUGUUGAUUUGUCACUCGUCGGCAAUGUACUCGGCGAUCCAGGUGGCUCUCAACUCAAGCAUCAAAGUGAAUUCCCUGGUAUUUUUCGCUCCGGCUGGCUGCCGUCAGCUCACGCAAUUGAGUCCCCUGCCGUUGUUCCACUGGUACAACAGACAUUUCCGCAAACCCUACGUACAAAAGAUCAUGAUGGGUUUGGCUGUCGGUAUUAUCAAAGUUUACUCGAAGCCGUCCACCGACACCGUUGGUACCGUGACCUCGAUGAUAACGAUGGUGCAGAGUGGCUACGAUGACGCCGAACCGUGGUGUAGGGAGCUACACGAGAGAGGUGUUCCGUCGUUGCUCAUGUACGGCAAACGGGACAAAUUGAUCGACGUGGCUAUUUCUGAAGAAAUGGCCGGUUUCAUAGGGAAUCCCCACAAAGAAACUUAUUACGUCUACGAAGGCGAGGAUGAUACCAAAGCGAAACUCGCCGUUGAAGGAGUCUCAAAUUUCGUGUUACCUGAAGUGGUCUGCUUCGAACGAGGCUCUCAUUUCGCCUUCCGGAAAUUCCCCGGGACCUAUAACUACCACGUCGGGAACUUCCUUCAGCGACACAUCCGAGAAAAACUCGGGAAAUGAGGCUCAGGUUUUGGAUAACAUAAAAAAGUGGUGCAUCUGCGAGGGAACAACGGUGGCGAACGAAGCUACCCUAUUUUCAAUGUGAUCUUUACUAAUAUAAGAAUCGGUGUUCUGAAAACGAAUCGAAUUUCGGGUACAGAGUUCUGUUCUCCGGAUGGUGCCUUCUAUGGAUUUGUGGGAGCGCCGUGGUCGAGUCGCUGACAUGAUGAUCAUGCAUUGCCGAUUCUUCAAGGGAGAAAAUGGGAAACGCCGGAGGGCUGUGAUCGGGUGCUCGGGA